AUGGCCGCCAAGUUCGCUAACCGGAUGGCUCAUCUCGCCGGCAACAUAUUCGUUGGGGUUAGAUCUCCUAUUGAGCAGAAGUCCCUAAAAGUUGUGAAAUUAAUGAGGGAUAAAUCUUUCGCUCUUAUUCGAAAAGAUUGGUACCCUCCAUUAGAGGAAUAUGAAGCUAUCUUAUACAAGAUGCGGAUGUUCGGCUUAUUUCGCAACGAGCAUGCCGAUUUUAAUGAAGAAAUGGAUCGUUUGAGGGAGCUAAGAGGCAAGGGCAAGAAAAGAAUAAGAGGUGGCAAGUCCGCGACACCCGCCGUCAAUGGAGCAAUCGAGCGCGUCAUUUGUGCCUCUGGCGGCGCUCUUAUGAUGAAACUCAAAGCGGGAUCCAGUUGCGAUACUUCAUUUGAUCUAAGCGGCUGCACUUCUCUGGAGUUAGUUAAUAACGAUCUACCCCAACUGUCGAACAGCUGA